CUCUGUGGACCCCCCCUGGUCUCAGCUGUUCUCUGGAGAGCAGCUCUCUCUCACCUGUAACGCUCACGGAGCAGACGCUGAGUGGACGUUUGAAUGGAGGAGAUCUGGACAGAGCCUGAAGCACAACAAAGAGAAAUGACCAUAAGAGCAGCAGUGAAGGACAGAGGGCCCUACAGCUGCAGAGGAGUCCUGCCACACACAGUCACUGAGUGGAGCCGCCCCCUCACACUAAAUGUGUCUGACAGAGCCCCCCGUCCUGUCCUGUCAGCGUCUGUGUCCUGGCUCAGUCCUGGGGCCUCUGUCUCUCUGAGCUGUGCUGUGACAGCGCCCUCUGCAGGAUGGAGCUUUCACUGGUACAGGGCUGUUCCUCAGUCAGAGUCUUACACAUAUGAGCGGCUCCCGGGGGCCAGUGCCGGCUCUAAACAGGACUCCUUCAUCCUCCAGGGCCUCAACCACUCAGCAGCGUUUGUGUGUCGAACAGAAAGAGGAAGUCCCGCCUUCUCCUCUGAACACAGUGACCCCGCCUUUGUCUGGUCUGGAGAUGCUGAGUCUCCAGUGUCUCUCUCGGUCAGUCCUGACAGAGCACAGCACUUCACUGAUGAUGUCAUCACUCUGAGUUGUGGGUUCAACUCCACUGGAGCAGACAGCACAGUCUGGAGGAGGUUUUCUGAUCACAGAUUAUCACAACAGUGUAAUUGGACUAAAUCUAAAUGUGAGUUUAGUUUACGUGAGGAAACCAGUGCAGUGUUUUGGUGUGAGUCUGGAUCAGGAGAAAUGAGCAAUGCCGUCAACAUCUCAGUCCACAGGGACAUCAUCCUUAUGAGCCCAGUGAGUGCAGUGACUGAGGGACAGUCUGUGUCUCUCAGCUGUAAACUGAACACAGGGACUUUUACUUCAGUUCAAUUUUAUAAAAAUGGAAAAAUGAUUCAAAAUGGGACUGAACCAGAGCUCAACAUCACUGCAGUGUCCAGGUCUGACCAAGGCUUUUAUAAAUGUGAGGGACAACGGAAACUACGGCCAACACCAAAGACUGUCAUAUCUCCAGAGAGUUGGAUGUCGGUUAAAACUGUUCCUGUGUCUAUAAAUGAGACAUUUCCUGUGGUGUGGGUGGUUGGACCUGUGUGUGCAGUGGUUUUACUCAUUCUGCUGCUGCUUCUGUGGCACCACAUAAAAAAUAAAGGCCAAAGCUCGUCCAGUGAGAAUGAAACAGGGGCGGGACAAGACGACCAGCAGCAACUGUACUCAUCUCUUCUCCAUGGCGACGUUUGUGUGUAUGAAACUAUCAAAGACAAAAGAAACAGGGAUGAUGAACAGCUUGGGGACUACAGCAAUUUACCAGGUCUGUCCAAACGACCUGAGCUGAGAUGAAAGAGUUUUUCUGGACAACAACUAAAACACACAGUAAAAAACUUCAUAUGAUACAAAUGGACCACAGCCUUAAAGCUACACUGUGUAACUUUUCUGGUUGAGUUCUGUCUCUCGCUUGUUUCCGUGGAGAUGUUAUUACUUUGUUUGGAUUGUUCUGAUAUCAAAUGUGUCUAUGUUGGAUUAUUCAGGUCCAUGUUUAUCUACCUUGAAAAAAAGAUUCUUUGUGUCAUUGGGGUCGCCUCUCCACAGAUCUGACCUGUACAUUAUCUUGUUUAAUGCCAUAUUAUGUAACAUUUCAAUCUGCAAGUGUUUUUCAGUGAUGUUUUUCCAGUCUCUGCCUUCACCAGACUGAACGUGACAAAUGUUGAGAUCUUUUAAAAACAUGAUGAUUCAUUUUUGUUUGUUUAGUCAAAGCUCCUUUUGUAAUGGGAUGAUAAACCUGUAUGGACCUAAUGUACAUAUAUUUAUGUUAUGUUGGAUUAUUUUAAGUUCAACAAUUAGUUCAUUUUUGUAAUUAUGUGCAGUUUGACUUUUAUGUAAUUUGGCAGUGGCCUUUUUAAGGUUUGACUGUCGACUUCCCUGUUUUCUUUCAGUUCAUCGUUAUCUCUUUGUAAAA